GGAAGUGUUGCAAGAAAUUUCCAGACAUGUGCUGCCGCUGUUUUAACCGGUACCUCUGAUCAACUCUAUAAAAAGACGAUUGAUAAUUUAACCGUUAUUUAUUCAUUCUAACGAAGUGUUCAUCGCAUCAGGAACUGAUACUGUCUCUCAAAUACAGAAACACGGUAUUAUCUCAGGAUGGCUGUCGUUGGUUUUGAUGUUGGAAAUAGCUCUUGUUACAUUGCCGUGGCGAGGGGUGGUGGUAUCGAAACCAUUGCGAACGAGUACAGUGACAGGCUUACGCCGGCUAUCGUGAGUUUUGGUGAGCGGACAAGGAUUCUUGGGUCAGCUGCUAAGACACAGGUUAUAUCCAACUAUAAAAACACCAUAACAAAUUUCAAGCGACUGAUUGGGCGGCCAUUUGACGAUCCUACAGUGCAAGCAGAACUACCCAGAAUACUCAACGAGAAGGUCAAAAGACCAGAUGGCGGUAUUGGCAUCAAGGUUCAGUACAUGAACGAGAAGGAGACUUUCACACCUGAGCAGGUGUAUGCCAUGUUGCUGACCAAGCUAAGGAUGACUGCUGAGGCUAGUCUCCAAACCAAGGUGGUGGACUGUGUCCUGUCGGUCCCCCAGUAUUACACUGACGUGGAGAGGAAAAGCAUACUGAAUGCAGCGACCAUAGCUGGUCUGAACUGUUUGAGAAUCAUCAAUGAUACCACUGCUGCGGCUUUAGCGUAUGGUAUCUACAAGCAAGACCUUCCAGCACCAGAGGAGAAGCCUCGGGUGGUUGUGUUUGUGGACAUGGGCCAGUCAUCAUUACAGGUCUGUGUGUCAGCCUUCAACAAGGGCAAACUCAAGAUUCUCAACGUUGCCAGCGACCCAAGUCUAGGUGGCCGCGACUUUGACCACGUCCUGGCUGAGCACUUUGCGGAGGAGUUCAAGCCCAAGUAUCGCAUUGAUGUCAAGUCCAGCCCCCGGGCCUACCUGCGACUGACCCAGGAGUGUGAGAAGCUCAAGAAGCAGAUGAGCACCAAUGCCACUGAUCUACCCAUGAACAUUGAGAGUAUCAUGGACGACAAGGAUGUCACUGGACACAUGAAAAGACCUGAUUUCGAGGCCUUGUCAUCCCAUUUAUUGAAAAGAGUUGAGGCUGUACUCAAGUCAGUCCAAUCUCAGACCAAGCUGAAACCAGAUGAGAUUUAUUCUGUUGAAAUCAUUGGUGGAUCUACGCGCAUCCCAGCUGUUAAGGAACUGAUCAAGAAGAUCUUCAAGAAGGACGCUAGCACCACCCUGAACCAGGACGAGGCAGUUGCCAGAGGAUGUGCUCUGCAGUGUGCCAUUCUGUCACCAACCUUUAGAGUACGUGAGUUUAAUGUGACCGACCUGACCCCGUACUCCAUUAGCCUGCUGUGGAAGGCUACGGAAGGGGAAGAUGGUGAGAUGGAAGUCUUCCCCCCAAAUCACCAGGUUCCCUUUUCUAAGAUGUUGACAUUCUAUCGGACGGAACCAUUUGAGUUGUCAGCCAAGUACACAUCCAAGGAUAAGAUUCCAUACUCAGAUCCUUUUAUAGGUCGGUUUGAGAUCAAGAAUGUAAAGCCCACUACUGAGGGUGAGAGUUCAAAGGUCAAGGUCAAGGUCCGUGUCAAUGGGCAUGGCAUUUUUAAGGUGUCUUCAGCCUCCAUGAUGGAGAAAAUCCCACCCCAGCCCGAGCAGCAGAACGACAAGGAUGCUGCCGAAAAGCCAAGCAGAGACGAUACGGCUGUCAAUAAUGCAGAAGAGUCUCCCAUGGAGACGGAGGAGCAGGCUAAGGAGAACACAGAGCCGGCUGCCGAGCAAGAAGCCAAGAAAGAAAAUGGAGAGGUGAUGGAAUCAAACGAAACAUCUCAGACAAAUGAAAAGAAGGCAGAUUCCAAUGGGGGCUCAGACACAGCUGAUGCAGGCGAAAAAGCAGAACCUAAGAAGGCCAAGAAGACAGUGCGUUAUCACGACCUGCCUGUGGAGGAGAUUACCCACAGUUCCAAGGGCAAAGACAUUGCCAACUAUGCCGAGAGAGAGGGUCAGAUGAUAGCACAGGACAAACUGGAGAGAGAGAGAAGUGAUGCCAGAAACAGUGUAGAGGAGUAUGUCUAUGAGAUGAAGGACAAGCUGUGUGAUCAGCUGGAAUGCUUCAUCUCGUCAGCAGAUCGAGAUGCAUUUAUCAGUCUCCUGGACAAGACAGAGAACUGGCUUUAUGAAGAUGGCGAAGAUGAAGCUAAAAAUGUCUACGUUGACAAGCUGGCUAAACUGAAGAAAACAGGUGAUCCAAUUGUAGAACGGUACAAGGAAUCCCUUGAUCGACCUCAAGCAUUUGAAGAGCUGGGGGCAAGCUUAGUGCACUACAGGAAGGCACUGCUGCAGUAUAAUGAAGGGGAUGAGAAGUACGCCCACAUUGAGAAGGCAGAGAUAGAGAAAGUUGAGAAGUGGGUGAAUGAGAAGGAGGCUUGGAGGGACAGCAAGGUGAACGCCCAGAACCAACUGGCCCUCCAUAACAAACCUAUCGUACUGGUCCAAGAUAUACGAGCGGAGAAUGCUUCACUGAAGAAAAAUUGUGACCAGAUUCUAAACAAACCCAAGCCCAAACCGAAGGAAGAGCCACCCAAAGACACAGGGGCCAAGGAAGGCAAUGGAGCCACAGCAGAGGACACCAAGCCUGAGGAGAAGAUGGAAACCGAGGAGAGUGGAGACCAGGCUAGUAAAGAAGGGGGUAGUGUUGAUGUAGACAUGGAGCUGGACUGAUGUAUAUAGCUUAAUUUAUAUAUGAAUAAUCAUGAAUGUAACUGUCAAAAUAAUCCCCAAGUCUGCUACCUCAUGAAGUGUGCCAGUCAGAGAAUUAUGCAAUCCGUAUGAUUCACCAAAGGCAUUAUAGAAUGUGGUGCUUAUUGAAACCACUGGUUCUAGAACCAGUGAACGAUUUUAGUGUUUGCAUAGUGGAGUAUCAGUUCGUAUGGACAUUUUGGUUUUGUGUUUUCAGGAAGUAUAGUUGUGCCUGCACAAAAUCAGAGCUCUGUUAGCAUGUUAGAUCAGUUGUUUGUUGGCAAUCAGAAACCGAAGAAAACAUUUCCGGAGCCAUAUAAAGCUAUAUACAAUGUGAUUCACAAAGUUGAGUCCUAGGAAUGCACAGGGUAAAUUACUUGCAUAGUACUUAAGCAUAGUUCUUAAACCCCCCCCCCCCAAAAAAAAAGAUAGAAGAAAGAUCUAGGAAAAUCCUCAUAUGAACUAUUGCUCGCAAGUGGUUCUUGGAAUGUAUUUCAUAAACCUGCUUAGUAUUUUGCUCCGCUCUGAUCUGACCUAAUCUACCCACACCUUUCAAAAUUCACAUUGGUGGUUUUCUGAUACUCAACUUCUCCAUCUCAGGCUUUAUCUCUAAAAUCAAUCCCAUAAUGUAGUCCCUCGAUAUUCAGAGUCAAUGGAAAUAAUUCAGUAUUUGACUCUGUGACAUGUAGUUCGAUGUUCCAGUGGGACUCUCUGUCUUGUUACUGAGCUGUCAACAACAAAGUCAAGAGUUAAAAGUCAGGCAAACCAAGAAAUUUGGAAAACAGGCCAGGAGUGUAGGGAGUUUUUUUGCAGGACUGAUGAAGGUAGAGCUCAGACACUAGCAAACAAUGUGCCAGUGGUUUCCUGCACAGUGGAGUAUUUGAGAAGAUUCCCGAAGAUUCCUCACAAGAAUGGUUUGGUAGUUUGAAUUGAAGAAUUGUGAAGGAACUUAAGACACUGACAUGCUUGAUGACAACUGGCAUACUUCAUGUUCAGAGUAGACUUCUGUCCAGAUGCAACUGGACAUCGUUGUAUAUGUAUAUCUGACCUGCUUAUAGGGAACAAUUAGAGUAACAAUUUCAGCUUGACACAGAAGAGGAACUAGAACUAUAUUAAUACAAGCAGGAUGGCUUUAUGUUUAGAAAAGGACUGUCGUUAGUGAUUGCAUGUGUUUCUGUAACUGUCCUAAACCUGUUCAACUGCACAUGUUCAUCGAUUUGAUGAUUUCUGUCACCACCCAGACAGUUUUUGGUAGCCUUUCCCUGAUUAGAAACAGUUUCCACAACAAGCACCGUUGAUGUUGAGAAUGGUGGUGUUGUGCCGUCUUUAGAACUUGUGACAAAUGCACAUGUAGUGGAUUGCAUGCCAUGAUUAUGUGUACUGUGCUGUUUCUGGAUUGGUGUCUUCAGGAAAUCAGCAAUAAAGAUCUUAGCUGUAUGUGUUCAGUUGAGGGCUUAGGAAAGACAUGGACUUUGUACAAGUUCUUGGUCAAGUUGUUGCUCCUAAAACAUUUUUCUUUUUAGCAUAAAUCAUAAAGGUGCUUUUGUUGAUUGAGAUAUAAAAAAACAAAGUUUUUUGAGAUUUAAAAAAGUCAUUAGUUCUUUAAAAAAUUCUCUUUAUAAAACAGAUUUCUACUUCAUAGCAUUACAGCUAUUUUGACUUCAAUUUUUACUGGGCCAAGACAGGAGCCAAACCUUUAAUAGGGGUCUUGAUCCCCAAAUUUGGGCUGAUGACAAAGUAUGGUCAACAGUGUUGUUCAAACAUAGAUAAAAGAAUCUUGUUUAUGUUUUGGGAACAGCCGUUUAUUUGUGAAAAAAAUAUAGAGACUUAAUCAGUUGAUGUUAUGACCCACAAGAUGUUGAUUCUAUAGACCAGUUGGUAACCCCUACCUACCUUUGGCUUAUUUGUCUGUUACACUAAUUUGCUAUUUAAAACAACUUUGGGUGAUAAUGUAGAGUAUUUCUGCCAUAACAAAUAAAUCAGACAUAAAUUAGACAUAGGUUAAGAAUUGUGGGUGUUAUAUGUACAGCACAUUAAAACCGAACAUCAUAAUUUGUUACAAAAAGUGGAAUGUGACACAAACAGAAACUUCAUUAUUAUUUGAUUUAUGCCUGAAAUUUGUUCACUUUUGUGUUCUAAUUUGGCAGUAGAGUUUUGUGCAUUUUACUGUCACUUUAGUCACCGUAAAAAAAAAUCAAGACCUACCGUAUAUUUGCUGUGUAGGGGUGGAUUUUGUUAAUCCUAUCCUUGUCUACAUUUGUCAUAAUGCCGGAGUGAAGGUGUUUUUUGUGCUGUUAUUUCAACAUCUAAUUUUAACCCAGACCAUUGGGAUUGCAAUCAGAAAUCAAUUUUUUUGUUGGGAAUGUGUUGAAUUUAGGCUGAACCAUUCAAAUCCUUGAGAUAUGUUACCUAAAUGGAAUUAAUGUUUUCCAUAAAGAGUAUAUAUAGUGUGUAAUUGUUCUAGUAACAAAAAAAAAUAGCGAAAUAAAGAAUUAUUGCAAUGUUAAUGCUGUUCAAUGCCCAAGAUGAAGGAAUAUUUUUAAUCGUGUGGCAAACCAUCUGUACGUGUACUCCACUCUGGUUUUUCUGAUGUUCAGAUUAAAGAAAAAUGGAAAAUGUUUAGAAUGACAAA